UCCGCGGGGUCGCGCACGAGCGCGCGUGUCCGUGGGGUGUCAGCGGGGCUGGAGCAGCGCGGGCAGCGGCAGGGAGGCGCCAGGGCUCAGGAGCCAGGUGUCGCGGCUGCAGCCGUGGCGGCUGGCGCGGACUGCGAGAAGAGAGCUGUUUUGAAAGAAGAGUGUUACCAAUGGCUUCGGACUCCAUAAACGGAAAACAAGGGCGGAAUCAGUUCUCCAAGGGGAAAAGGCACCAGCAACAGACAAAGCCCAGACCCUCAGUGAGUGACUGUGAUGGAGAAGACUCCUUUAUCUUUGAAGCAAAUGAAGCCUGGAAGGAUUUCCAUAGCUCUCUUCUUCGAUUUUAUGAAAAUGGAGAACUCUGUGAUGUCACACUGAAGGUUGGCUCAAAGCUAAUCUCUUGUCACAAGUUGGUACUGGCUUGUGUGAUUCCCUACUUCAGAGCCAUGUUUCUUUCUGAAAUGGCUGAAGCCAAACAAACGCUGAUUGAAAUUAGAGAUUUUGAUGGUGAUGCAAUAGAAGACUUGGUAAAAUUUGUCUAUUCUUCACGGCUCACUUUGACAGUUGACAACGUCCAGCCUCUCCUAUAUGCAGCCUGUAUUCUGCAGGUUGAACUGGUGGCCAGAGCUUGCUGUGAAUACAUGAAGUUACAUUUUCAUCCCUCAAAUUGCCUAGCAGUCAGAGCCUUUGCAGAAAGUCACAACCGAAUAGACUUAAUGGACAUGGCGGAUCAGUACGCCUGUGAACAUUUUACUGAAGUAGUAGAAUGUGAAGAUUUUGUAAGCGUAUCACCUCAGCACCUUCACAAGCUUUUAUCCUCCAGUGAUUUGAAUAUUGAUAGUGAAAAACAGGUCUAUAGUGCUGCUAUCAAGUGGCUUCUAGCUAACCCUCAGCAUCAUUCCAAGUGGUUGGAUGAAACACUUGCACAGGUUCGUCUGCCAUUAUUGCCAAUUGACUUUCUUAUGGGUGUUGUGGCAAAAGAACAGAUUGUCAAGCAAAAUCUAAAAUGUAGAGAUUUAUUGGAUGAAGCAAGAAAUUAUCACCUUCAUUUGAGCAGCAAAGCAGUACCUGACUUUGAAUACUCAGUUCGGACUACCCCAAGGAAGCGUACUGCUGGUGUGCUGUUUUGUGUAGGUGGUCGAGGUGGAUCUGGUGACCCCUUUCGUAGUAUCGAAUGCUAUUCUAUCAACAAAAACAGUUGGUUCUUUGGACCAGAAAUGAACAGCCGAAGGCGACACGUGGGUGUGAUCUCUGUGGAAGGUAAAGUAUAUGCAGUAGGUGGACAUGAUGGAAAUGAACAUUUAGGUAGCAUGGAGAUGUUUGAUCCUCUCACUAAUAAAUGGAUGAUGAAGGCCUCAAUGAAUACAAAGAGGCGAGGAAUUGCCUUGGCCUCUUUAGGAGGCCCAAUUUAUGCAAUUGGAGGGUUAGAUGACAAUACUUGCUUCAAUGAUGUGGAGAGAUAUGACAUCGAAUCUGAUCAAUGGAGUACUGUGGCACCAAUGAAUACUCCCCGUGGAGGAGUUGGCUCUGUGGCUUUAGUAAACCAUGUCUAUGCAGUGGGUGGCAAUGAUGGAGUGGCUUCCUUAUCCAGUGUGGAGAGGUACGAUCCACAUCUGGAUAAGUGGAUAGAAGUUAAAGAAAUGGGUCAACGAAGAGCAGGCAAUGGAGUUAGUGAACUUCACGGUUGUUUAUAUGUUGUUGGUGGUUUUGAUGAUAAUUCUCCUCUGAGUUCAGUGGAGCGGUAUGACCCUCGAAGCAACAAGUGGGACUAUGUGGCACCACUCACCACUCCCAGGGGUGGAGUUGGGAUUGCAACGGUGAUGGGCAAAAUCUUUGCAGUUGGUGGUCAUAAUGGCAAUUCAUACCUAAACACAGUAGAAUCAUUUGAUCCAGUGCUGAAUAAAUGGGAGCUAGUUGGACCUGUGUCUCACUGCAGAGCUGGAGCAGGUGUAGCUGUAUGUGACUGUUUAAUUAGCCAAAUUCGAGAUCUAGGUCAUGGAUCUACUAAUGUGGUUGACUGUAUGUGAUCUGAGCUCCAACCACCAACAAUUGAGUUAUAUUGGACAGAUGGGAAAGACAACAGACAUUUUGAUAAGACAUCAUUUGAAAUUUACAGCUACCGUUCAUUUGAAAUUUACAGCUACCGUUCUACUUAAAUGUUAACUGUUUUAUUGUGACUAAAUGCAACUUUUGGAAUGAUAGCUGAAGGACUGUUAGGAAUGAAACUUGAUAUUUGUUGCAUUAGCAAAUAAUGGUGCAGGGAAGGAAGGCAGUUUAGCUUUGAAACUACACCUGCUCUGAAAAAUGUUUAGAGUAGUGCCAAAACCUUGAAAUACCUGUUUAUUUUGAUGACUGAAAUAGAAUUUAUUGAGUUUGUGUCUGUUCUUUGACCUGAAGGUAUUAGCUUCAGAUACUAUAUUUUUCCUAGAGGAGAGAUUAGAAUCUGUCCAUCAACAUGAGGGCAUGUGAACCCUGCUCCUCUGGAGGGUCAUUUCUACUUGGUGCUGAUGAAUUUGUCUUGCUUUAUGUUUCUCUAGAUGUUGGCUUUCCAAUUUCUUGGGUAUUUACAGAAGCAGGAAAAAUAUUUUUGUCUUUCUGAGUGUCACUUAGAUGUAUUCUUGAAACCAUAUAGACUUGCUGUAAGAAGUCCUUCCUGCCAGUAUCAACAGCUAGAGCUGCACUACUCAGCUGUGCUGAUCCCACCAAGCCAAGUCCACUGGUUUGGUUUUUUCUCAUCUCAUGCAAAACAUGACCCUGAGGGCAUCCUAGCAGUGGCUUUAGAGUUAACAUCAUUCUUAUACCCAAAUGAGAGACUUUGAGACAGAACAGAGGAUAUGACUCCCUACUGAGAGAGAGCUGAACACACCUUUAGCUUUGAUGUACUUGUUUUAUUUUAGACCCAGGAUCUUUGUCGUCUCUUGUUAUUUGUCACUGUCCUGGUUUUUCUAAUUGUACAGAUCUGGAUUUAUUUAUUAUCAGGAAAUGAAUGCAUUUGUACAAAAUCCAUCAGUGGACUAUAGUUUGAUGAUUAGUUCAAGGUUGUCAUUAAUCAAUAGAACACGUUGUUGGUAAAAAAUAGAGAAAAAUGAAAACUACUAGUUUUUUCAUUGUUUAAUAUCCUCCAGUGUGUUUAUUGAAUAUUUCUACAAAUAAACUUGAAA